UGCAGUGAGCACCCUCUCAUAUCAUCUGCCCAUCACUAGAACCAGUCCACAGUGGAACUGAGUGGAAGCAGUGCAGUGACACCUGUGUGCUUCUGAAGCCUGGUUCAGAUCAGGCACAAGGACAUGAAACUACAGCUGUGGACUUUGUGCAGGAAGAUGGAAGUGUUGGUGGUGUUUGUGAUCCUCAUCCACGUUUCCCAGCAUGCAUUGGCUGUAGUGGUGCAGGCGUAUGAGGGGAUGGAGUCGGUCCUGCUGCCCUACCGGUAUUCUGGCAUGUUACCGGAGGUUCCUUCAGUGGUUUGGAGACGCUCUGAUCUCAACCAAACAGUCAUCCACCUGCUUAAAGACGAAAGUGACGAUGUGAAAGAGGAAUACCGUUACAGUGAGCGCACGUCAAUGAAGACCAACGCUCUGGAAUCUGGAGACUUCAGCCUCACUGUGAAGAAACCACAACUGUCUGACAGCAGCAGCUACACCUGCAACCUCCAAUGGGAAACCGAGUGGAAGGAGACUAAAGAACGGAGACUGACACAAGUACAGCUGCAGGUCAAAGAUGACGAGGAGGAGGUGGAGGUCCAGCAGGGGGCGGAGUCUAUCCAGCUGCCUUGUAAAGCCUCAGCCGAUCUGCCUGAAGACACCACAGUGGAGUGGACUCACUUUGAUCCAGAACUGGUGGUGGUCCAUGUGUACCAGAAUAAAGCUGAUGAUCUUCAAACACAGGACAGGUUUUACCGUGACCGCACAGAGAUGAAUAAAGACAUGAGUCUGACUCUGAAAAACCCCACAGAAAUAGACAGAGGUGUGUAUAUCUGCACCGUCUACAGGGAAGGAGACGUCCUGAGGUCUAAAGUCCUGCUCCAGGUGGUCCAAGGUGGUUUUCCAACCUGGGCCACAGCUCUCCUGGUUGUCUUUGCUGUUCUUGUAUUUGGACUUGUAUUUAUUUUUCACGGGUAUUUUCUGCCAGUCCAACUGGUGGAGGUGGAUUCAGGGGAGGAGUCUGUCCUGCUGCCAUGUAAAACUAUAGCUCACCUGACAAAGAACUCCAGACAUAUUAGCGUUAUGUGGAAGAACUUAGACAACAAAAAGCUCAUUAUUAAGUACGGCUCUGGCCAACCUGAUGAACAGAACCGGAUGUACAGAAACAGAACAGAGAUGAAGAAACACUGGCUGAGAACUGGAGACUUCAGUUUAACCCUGAAACACCCGAGGGCUUCGGAUGCCACCGAUUACUUAUGCAUCGUCUACAACAAAAACAAGGUCCUGAAGGAGAAACAAGCGGUGCUGAAGGUCAAAGUCCAACAGGUGGAGGUGGAUUCAGGGGAGGAGUCUGUCCUGCUGCCCUGGAAAAUCACAUUUCAUAUAGAGGACGUCAGUCAGGUCACAGUGAAGUGGACAGAUGAGGAUGACAAGAAGGUUCAUGUGUAUGAGGACGGCUCUGACAGAACUAAUGAACAAGACGAUAAAUACAGAAACAGAACAGAGAUGAAAGAAGACCCACUGAGAACUGGAGACCUCAGUCUGACCCUGAAACACCCCACAGACUGGGACAAUGACACCUAUACCUGCACCGUCUACAAAAGAGACAAGCAGAUCCUGAGGAGGAAACAAGUGCGUCUGGAGGUCAAAGUCCAACAGGUGGAGGUGGAUUCAGGGGAGGAGUCUGUCCUGCUGCCCUGGAAAACCACAUUUCAUAUAGAGGACGUCAGUCAGGUCAGAGUGGAGUGGAUGGCCUAUGGUGCCAGGAAGGUCCAUGUGUAUGAGGACGGCUCUGACAGAACUAAUGAACAAGACGAUAAAUACAGAAACAGAACAGAGAUGAAAGAAGACCCACUGAGAACUGGAGACCUCAGUCUGACCCUGAAACACCCCACAGGCUGGGACAGUUACACCUACACCUGCACCGUCUACAAAAGAGACAAGCAGAUCCUGAGGAGGAAACAAGUGCGUCUGAAGGUCAAAGUUCAAGAGGUGGAGGUGGAGGAGGGGGCAAAGUCGGCCCUGCUGCCCUUCAGCAUAACCCCUGACCUGCCUCAGGACGCCACAGUGGAGUGGAGGUACUAUACUAAUGUCUAUGAAUACAUGUAUGUCCAUGUGUCUGAGAAGACGUCAGCUCAACUUGGUCAACAGUACUAUAGAUACGAAAACAGAACAAAGAUGAAUGAAGACCCAUGGACAACUGGAGACUUAAGUCUGACCCUGAAUGACCUCCAACAGGACGACUCUGGAAGAUAUAAAUGUAAAGUCAUCAGAGAUGGAGUCACCCUGAGAGGGAAAACAGUGGAGCUGAAGGUCAGAGGUCAGCGUUCAGAUGCAGGUCAGAGGUCAUGUGGGUCUCUGUCUUCUGUCUCCUCUACAGACAGAUCUCAGAUCACAUAUCAGUUUCCUCUAAUAAGAUCGGAUGCAGAAGCUGAAGAACGUGUUUGAUUGAUCUGUUGUGUAUGUGUUUCUAUUUAUCAAGUCAAACUCCUAAACGGAGGCUUGAUCUUAUUCUUCUUGAAUAUAUGAAACAGGUAAAUACAAUAGAAAUCGACACACUUCAAACCACUCAAACUAUGCUUUUAGACUCUUCAUUAUUGUAUUUCUAGUGUUUGUUGUUCUCUGAUGACAAAUUUUUCACAGCAGUAGUCUGUCCUCCAAACCAAAGAAAAUCCAAACAAUCAAAUCAAAACCACUGCAGCAAAAUCCAACAAAUGAACAGUGUCAAAGAGGAUGGAUUUUCCAACAGGAUGAUGAUCUGAAACCUAUCUGUAAAUCCACCAUGGACGACCUCAGAGACUGCAGCUGAAGGUUUUGAAACAGACCUCACAGUCCCAGACUUGAACAUCAUUGAACAUCUGUGGGUAGAUCUGUCAUGGGGGGGAUUUAAUGUUAUCAAAGCUUCAGCUGUAUGUAGUUCUAGUCGGUUUCCAUUUAGUUUUCUCCUUUUUUGUUUAAUGGUUUGACCAAACCUCUAUAUAUGCUCCCACUGUGUCUCAUUUUGUUGGGUCAGUUUUGUCAGUUUGUGUGGUGCAUCAGUUCUUGUUCUCAGCCUGAGUUGCUAUUAUUUUUGUGUACAGUUCUGUUAUGUUGACCUCUUUUACAUACUUAAUUAUUAAAACUAUCAUUUGUAAUCAUUUUUUGCAUAAUUUUGGGUGAAUAAAAACUCACACCUGUCUCCUGGUCGUCUUACUGCUCGGUCCCUAACAAAGAUAAAAGAGAACAGUGAAGCAUCAGUCCAGUCCUACAGAGACAGCACAUCUAAUCCAAACAUACAAAAGCAGCACAUACAAUAGAAUCGCACAGAAUACAUCAGCACAGAAUCACAGACAGAUGUAAACAGACAUUACAUAUGGAAAAACAGCAUCUAUGAUCAUGACACAAAUAACACACAGACACAGGUUAGUGUGUACAGGUGUAGUUGUCUGCAAACCAUGUUUUUAAUUUGGCUGUAAAAGUGCAGUAUGUAUGUGUAUCUUUACUGUGGGUGGGAAGUGAGGUCCAGUUUUGUGUCGCUUUAACAUAAAAUGAGAACUGACCUAAUGUGCUUUUCCUGAAUGGAACUGAUAAGUCACCCCGUGUGGUGCUUCUGCUGAUCGGACUAGUGUUAUUACGUUGGUUUAUGAAUGAAUUUCAUGCUGUGACCCUCAAUAAAGGGGUCUGACUAAUAACAGAGUGUGGAAUUUUUACACGUCACAGUUGUGUCUUUUAAUGCUGACAGUUUUUCCCCAUAUCCUAUAGAGCCCAAAGUUUUUCACUCAACUAUAUUUCAUACUGUAGGUGUAUAAAUCAGUUUUGACCUGGAGUAGAUUGUGGUCAAUCUGUACAAAAUGAAGAAUACACGUUAACUUGAUCUGUUGUUGUUGCCUCUACAUCUUCGGCAUCUCAGGUUAUCUGAAGAUCCCAGUUCAAGUCCAACACAUACUUGUUUUUGUGUUCUAAUGUGUACAGAGAUACUAUAACAUGGAGAUCCUGUAGGUCUUCUUUCCAGCCCUUCUAAUAUGAGAUCUAACCCUUAUUGUCCAGUCUCCAAAAAUCAACUCUUUUAAUAAACUAAGUCAACUUUCUGGUCCCGCCAUAUGAAGAUGUGUCCAGCAGAUGGCACCACUGUUUCUGCCUGUGAACUUCUGGAUCCAGAGGGUCACACAGCUCCAUUUCCAGUUCUUGCUCAGAAGUAAUCCAUCCCUUUCAGAUCUGCUUCUCACAGAACAGAAUAACGGUUGCAGU